GAGAGAGAGAGAGAGAGAGAGAGAGAGAGAGCUGAGUCUGUACUGCACUGGCUUCCCUUCAACCACUCUGUUACUCUCUGAUCUGACACCACACAAUUUAGAGAGGGACACACACAGAGAGACACACAGCAGCACAGAGAGUGAGAUAGAAAGAGAGAGCGAGAGAGAGAGAGAGAGAGAGAGAGAGAGAGAGAGAGUUGCAGUGCUGAGAACCGAGAAGAACUGAGAGAUCUGAACCCCACUCUGCUCUUCCUUCCUUCCAUCCAAUGGAAGACUACUUAGACUGGAUCUACAUGGGGGUGAUGUCUGCGUUUGUUGGAGGGGCAAUGAAGAAGGUCCUGGCGUCCCACAUCAGCGCGGCCCCGACCGUAGUGGCCUGGCUGGGGGUCACCUUACUAGUGGAGAGGCUGUGGUUCUUCUGUGUGCCUGCUGCCCUGGUGUUGGCUGUCCUCUGUCUCACCUGCUGCCUAUACUCUGCCAGGACAGCCCCAGCACCCACUCUGCCUGUCCAGGGCAAGGCUGUCUUCAUCACAGGCUGUGACACAGGCUUCGGGAAGGCUGCAGCGUGGCGUCUGGACGCCCAGGGUUUUCAGGUGUUUGCCACGGUGUUGGAUCUGUGUGGGGAGGGAGCCAUGGAGCUCCAGAGGACCUGCUCCCCUCGUCUCACCCUACUACAGGUGGACAUCACCCAGCCACAGCAGGUCCAACAGGCUCUUCUAGACACCAAGGCCAAACUGGGCCUCAGAGGUCUGUGGGGCUUGGUGAAUAAUGCAGGAGUAUGUGUUAACUUUGGGGAUGCAGAGUUGUCUCUGAUGUCUGACUACCGUGGCUGUAUGGAGGUUAACUUCUUUGGGACUCUGAACGUCACCAAGACAUUCCUGCCUCUGCUGCGUCAGGCCAAGGGACGUGUCAUCACUAUCUCCAGUCCCGCAGGAGAGCAGCCGUUCCCCUGCCUAGCAGCAUACGGAGCCUCCAAGGCAGCUCUCAACCUGUUCAUCAACACACUGCGCCAUGAAAUGGAACCCUGGGGGGUCAAAGUGUCCACCAUACUGCCAUCCUCAUACAAGACAGGUCAGUCUAGUAACCAGGAGUACUGGGAGCGUCAGUACAAGACCCUGAUCCACAACCUGUCCGCAGGCCUGCUGGAGGAGUACGGGGAGGACUACACCCGUGAGACCAAGGACCUCUUCCAGCGCUUCGCCCAGUCGGCUAACGAGGACCUGUCGCCAGUCGUCAACACCGUCAGCGAGGCGCUGCUCUCCCCCCGGCCCCUGGUCCGAUAUUACGCUGGGCCCGGCGUGGGCCUCAUGUACUUCAUUUACAGUUAUUUCCCUCUGAGGCUCUCAGACAAGUUCCUCCAGAGACUGUUUGUCCAGAAGAAGAUCAUCCCCCGAGCGCUGAGGAAAGAGAACGGUCUCAACGGCAGCCUCAACAACAACAACAACAAUAACAACAAUAACAACGCGGAGAAGAUAAAGAAGUAAAACAAUGAGAUGUGUGUUUGUUUUUGAGGUGAAAAAACAAACAAAAAAGUGGAAGCUGUAGGACCACUUACGUCAGGUUAAAACACACGCUCAUAGUGUCGUUGUCUAUUUCUGUUUGAAUAUUGUGGUUUUACAUUUGGUUUUCAUAUUGAAGGGCUCAUUGAAGAUGUAUUUGAGUGGCUUCCCCUCCUGGUGAACGGACAGACACCAACAUAGCUGGCACACAGAGACAUAUAUUUAGAGAGUUCGGCACAACUUUUAGAACCGACGCCAUGUUAGCACCUUAAUACACGGCUGGCACCAACACGGCUGGCACCAACACGGCUGGCACCAACACGGCUGGCAUUAACACGGCUGGCACCAACACGGCUGGCACAAACACGGCUGGCACCAACACGGCUGGCACCAACACGGCUGGCACAAACACGGCUGGCAUCAACACGGCUGGCACCAACACGGCUGGCAUCAACAUGGCUGGCAUCAACAUGGCUGGCACCACAGAGGACCUGGAAAUACACCAGUCUGUCACAUCACCACAGAGGACCUGGAAAUACACCAGUCUGUCACAUCACCACAGAGGACCUGGAAAUACACCAGUCUGUCACAUCACCACAGAGGACCUGGAAAUACACCAGUCUGUCACAUCACCACAGAGGACCUGGAAAUACACCAGUCUGUCACAUCACCACAGAGGACCUGGAAAUACACCAGUCUGUCACAUCACCACAGAGGACCUGGAUUCAAGGAUCUUAUAGAUGUUCAAUUAUAUUUGCUGAUGUUAUUUUUAAUUUGAACAGUUCGUCGUCGUUGUGCGUCUCUUUAUAUUGUAUUUUUCACUCCACUGAAUGUUCUUCUUCAAUCAGAGUCGCUAUGCCAGUUUUAUUUCAUGAAUCACUGAAACUGUGAAUUUUACAAUAAAAAAUAUUGUUAAAAAUAUUGUUAAAAUAAUGUACAUUUUUCACAACAUUGUUCACCUAACUUUGGUAAUAUUAAAAGUUGACUUUUUAAAAUA